AUGUCAAGAGACUGGACUGAACAGGUGUGGCGUGAACAUCCACCCGAGAUUAUCAGGCCUCCUCCCUAUCCGGAGCGGCCAGACCUGUUUGACGAGGUGGAAUGGGGUCCAUAUCCAACUCACGAGGACACCAAGACGGCGUAUCGUCUGUGGUCGCUACCAGACUCCGUCCUCGGAAAAAAGCUGAAAGAGACGGGAGACCAUCCCUUCCCACGUCCCGGAACCGAGGCUGACAACAAGUUCCGCGACACGCUCGACGUCUUGGCCUUGAAUGUUUAUGAGGAUCUGAUGCGCAACCACAGGAUGCCCAUUGUUGACGAGGAUUGGGAUGAGGAUGCCCAGAUGAAACUCGCGGACGAUGGGCAGACCAAGGAAGGCUGGUCGUACGAGGAAAUAUUUGGACCGCAGAAGGAGGAGGGGGAGGCGCACGCAACAGGAGAGGAUGGCAACGAUGUCAAGAUCGAGAUUGAGGGUCAUGACGUGUUGAAGGCGCGGUACUGGACUAUCGCUCGUCUCCAAGAUGAGCUACAAAGACGAGGGCUGGACACCAAGGGAAAGGCCGCGGAACUUCGUAGACGCCUAUAUGACGAUGAACGGCGGCGAGCGUCGCCCGACGAAGUCAAGGCCACUUUUCUUCGUCGAACGGACCUGUCAUCCUGGGGCAUUCCACGAAAGGAGGAUUACAUGCUGAAGAUCACCAGACAUGGCCGCCUGAGACCGCUGGACAUGUAUACCUGGGCCAUCCUGCUAAGUCCAUACAACCCUGCUUACUGGGUCAGUCGGUCCUAUCUCUUUUACCAGAUGGGGUAUCUUGACCUGGCUUUGGGGGACGCCUAUCGCGCCCAGCUUCUUUGCGAGAUUCUCUGCGACCCUUUUGCUCGAAACCGGCAACCGGGCCUGUACACUCGAGUGUGGCACAGCAUCGAGCAACACAUCUUGCACAUCCCUCCCGACGACGAUGGCUCCCGUGCCCCGGCGUUGGAGAAAAUGCGCGAUGCUAAUGGCGUCAAUUACUUCGUUCCUACGCUGCGCAAAGCACUCCAUAACAUUAUGAGUCUAAGUCUCAAGGCCCUGCAAUGCUGGCAUGACUACGAGAUCAUGGAAGGCUAUCUUCUCCAGAGAGUAGCCAUGCCAUAUCGCGAUAGAUGGGCCUUUGAGAAGAGGAUGGACAUGACGGACCGCCGGGUCUUGUUAUGGGAAGAAAGGAGACGGAACAACGGCGCCCUUUUUUACUAUGAGAGAUGGGCAGGAAAUAUUGGCGGAAGACCAUACCCUUACAGUGUGCAAGACGUGGAUCGUACCAGCCCGUCAUUUCUGGCACGGCUCAAUCAGGAACUCAUUGCCAACAACCAGAUGCCGUGGAAACGAUGUGAGGUAAGGCCGAAAGGGGGAACGAAGAAAGAAUUGGGCGUCUAUGCAACCCAGGACAUUCGCCGGGGACAGAUCAUCUACGCAGACGAGCCAUCCAUGAGAGGCCAUUUGAAUAUCAGAAGACCCGAUGAUGCCUACAGAGGUCAGCCUACUUUGCCACCAUGCGAUAAUUGCAAGUCCGAGGUCAGCGAGCCUCCGGACAGGUUCAGCGAGGGCGUACGCAAAGACAUUUCCGACGGAUGCCAUCGCGAUUUUUGUGCUUGUGUCUUCAAUAACAAAGACGAUGCAGAGCCGCUUGUCUUCUGCCCUGCCGCACCUUCCAAUGAAGAAUCAGCAAGCAAGAGCUGUCUGGAGAUCGCCCGAGAGCUGUACCAUUUCCGCGUCUGCGGUAAGAAUUGGAAAUGGUUGCAUGACGCGAUGCGACCUAAUUGGAAUACAUAUCGCGCUGGUGAUGAGCAACACCCAAAGUAUCUGACACACAAUAACGAGAUCCACGGGACCGUCCUGAGCUUGCUCCUCAGAGAAGUAUUUGACGUGACCCUCCUGCGGCGAGAGAGAACAGGGAAUCCGCACUUGCUGGCUCAUGAGAUCGACGAGCUCCUCCCACUGGAAGGGGAAGAGCAGUGGGAAGGGGACCGAUUCCCUUUCACGUUGGCGGCGAAUAUCAAGGUGCCAUUUGAUAUUCUGCUUCAAUUGGGAGUCAAUAUCUUCUGCGAUCUUACCUUCGACACGUGGGUCAUCCAAAUGGUUUUGAGAAAACUGCUGUUGAGCGCAGUUCCUUGGGACCAAAGCCGUCGCCAAGAUGGUGACACGAUGGAAAGGGAACACCACAAAGACCCCGGAACCAUAGAGACACAGAUGCAAAAUAUAGAAAAAGGAGAUACCUUGGAGAAGCAUGACCCAUCAUUCCGCACCCUCUACCUCUUUCCCGGUUUGGCUCUGUUCAACCACAGUUGUCGGCCUCAUAACAAUGCCGAGUGGGCGUUUGAUAGCACCAUCCGUAACAGGGUCAUAGUAUGGGCCGAUCGGAACAUCUCUAAAGACGAGGAAAUCACCAUUGGCUACCGAUAUCAGCAAUUGACCCAUCGCGACGCCCUUCGGUUGCUAGGUCGGAAAUGUGAAUGCCCAUAUUGUCAACAAUCCAGUCCUGAUCUCGGCCCGGGGACGGACGAUGAUGACUAUGGACCCUCAACGCCGGAAGAGUCGGACUCGAACGCUCAUCAACAGCAAGGACAAGGCCGGUGCAAAGCCCGCACCAUGUCCGCUCAGGAGAUGAGGAGGCGCGUCGAGCAACAGAAAGCGGCCAAGGAAGCCAGGGGAAAAGCAAAGAAAGGAAAAGAGAAGGAGCCUGCUGGUGGAGCUGCGUUGCAGGCAGAGAAAAGAAAGCGGACGGAACAGCAUGAGGAAGGCGAGGUUAGCAAGAGAAAAACAACGCAUCUUGCAUAG